AUAAAAUGAGUAGCGGAAAAGCGAAAAAACACAGCAAGGGCGACCAAAUACCCAAGCCCAUUAGAAUAAAAAAGGAAAAAGUCGAGGAAGACCGACAACUACAUCCUAUUUCACACUAUAUAGACGACCGACUGGAGUUGGUAAAGCAAAUUUUUGGUACUUUGAAACCGAAAACCAUUCUCAACCUCGCACCAGAGUUUUUAAAGAAAACACCCCUGGAUGAGAUCGAAGAACUUUGCCUGGAAGAGCUACUCUGUUUGUCCACAAAGCGACUUAAAUCCAUCAUUGAAAAUACCCGCUGUCCUACGGAUACAGAGAGCUCAGAGGAUUCUGACGUGGAGCACAAGGAGGAACACAUUUCCCUGGAGGAGAUCUCGUCAGACAGCGACAUCGGAGGGCAGGAAUCGCGGCGAGCCAAGAAAAAGCUCAAGUCGAAAAAGGCGAAUAAUGGGAAUGAAAACAAGGCUGAUGGCCAGAUGAGUGUACUGGAACUACUUGAGCUCCAGGCUCGUGCCCGAGCCAUUCGAUCCCAACUGGCCAUGGAACCCAUAACCAAAAUAGAGGUCAAGUCAGAUGAUGAUGACGAAGGUCCCGAGAAGCCAGUACAGCGUAAGGAGAAAGAGAAACGCAGCAAGAAAAACACUGAAUCAGGAAAACGUAAAUCCGUGGAACAACCUCAGGUUAAGGAAUCCAAAAAGGAUCAGCCAUCGGUAGAGGAGGCGCCGCGUAAAAAGAUCAAAAUAAAGCGAAACUAUCGACAAAGCUCCGUGUCACCCGAAACAGAAGCUGCCAAGUCCACUCCUCCGACAGUUCCUGCUCCUGCGGUGGAAUCUACAGAGAAACAACCACGUUCCAAGUCGCGUUCCGCCUCUCCCGAUGUUAUUCCCAUACAAACCGAAACAGAAACCCUUCUGAUUAGCGACAGUACAGACGAUGAGGGCACGAAAAAGGAUCAGCCCAAGGAAGCUCCUGCACCAGCUCCAGUGCCAGUGGAACCUCCAGUUCCAGAAGUGGAAAGCGAACCGGAAGAAGGGGAAGUUCGUGAUGAGCCGGAAGAGGUGGCUAAACCUGAAGAGUCUUCUAAGGCAGAAGAACCUUCCCAAAGUAAGGAACCUGAAAAGUCAGAGGAAUCUGAGAAGACUGACAAGUCACAGGAAGAAUCUUCAAAAACAGAAGACAAAACUUCAGAACAAAAAGAAAACCCCCCGGACAAUUCUGAGCAAACAGCUCUUGAUGAUGAAGACCAGAACGACGAUGUCAUUUCUAUAGGCGGUGACCUGGAAAUGAUUGAAGAAAUGACAAAGGAAGACGACCCUCCGACCUCGUCGAACAUCAAAAGCGAAAAGUCUGAGAAACAUGAACCUGAAGAACACGACAACGAUGUGAUCUCCCUGGACACUAGCGAAGAUGAGCGCGAAAAGCUUCAGCCGAACGACUCUGAGUCCUGGCGUACACGCUACCUAAAAAGCUCCAAGGUCAGCCAAGUACUGGCCGCGUCGAGGUUGGGGAAACGCGUGCGUGACAAAAUCAAGAAAUCGAAACGCAGCAAAGACACCACCGCUGGUGAUGAUCAGGGAAAGUCUUCCAAACAGCAGGAGGUAUUUACCUCCAAACACGAAGAUGGUUCCAUAGAGCAAUAUCAGGAGUUGCUGCAGCACCGACAGCGCAAGUCUUCCAACAGCAAGAGCGACAAGUAGAAGGCGUACUCGGAUUUUUAUUGAAAAGUUGGGCAUUAUCGCAAAGCCCUGUUUUAUAUGGCAUAUAAAAAAAAUCAAAUAAAAUCCCAUUGCUGGCUCCCUGUCCCCGGGGGGCCGAGGUGGCGGGAAACGUACAAAAUUUGAAUAUAUCGUGCUAAGCUCAUAUUUGAUUUCUCAUUCGUCUUUUUCGUAAGUUACCCAGCAAU